AUGACUAAUCCGAAAAAAGAACUUACUGUUGCAUGUAAUUAUUUAUUACGAUUAAUGAAGCCACAUGUUAAAUUAUCAAAUGACCAAAUAAAUCUUUUUAAACGUUCUUUUCAUGACAUAUUGUCGAAACGAUUUAUUGAUCAUUGGUUUCCAACAUCACCACAUCGUGGAAGUGCAUAUCGAUGUUUACAAACAAAACAUUGGAAAGAUCCUAUAUUGAGAUCGAUUGCCGAACGUUCUUGUUUACCACUUCAUCGCUACCUACCAACCAUAUUCACUAUGUGGAUUGAUCCUGGAGAGGUUGCCGUUUGCUUUGGUGAUGAUGGUACAUGGUGUCCAUUAUAUAAACAUGGUGUUGACGGUCAAAUACAUCAAGAAUAUAGUGACGGAGAAGAAACAACUUCAUCAUUAUCAUCCGAUGAUGAUUUAAAUAGUUUAGCACAAAAUGUUAAAACAUUGAAUGUCAAUGAUUCACAUAUUCCAUCAAAACCAACUAUAGAUUCAAAUAAUAGUCGAUCAUCAUCAUCAUUAGCUAGUAGUAGUCGUACGUCAAGUCCUUUUUUUAAUACGUUAUCUACGAAUGCAAAUGUACAAAUACCAACAAUGAAUGAUUAUAAUUCUUCAGGAUCGGAUUUUUAUUCAUAUCAAUCUGUAUUAAAUGAUUGGAAUGAUCAACAGAAUAUUUUUUGGCCACAACAACUGACAACGUCAGAUUCAUUGUUAUUAUAUAAUCAAAGAGAAAAUUUUUAA